UGGAGGCAGCUAGCGCGAGGCUGGGCAGGGCCGAGCUACGCAUCGUGCCCUGCGCUGCCCAGACUAGCGAACAAUACAGUCAAGAUGGCUAAAGGUGACCCCAAGAAACCAAAGGGCAAGAUGUCUGCCUAUGCCUUCUUUGUGCAGACAUGCAGAGAAGAAUGUAAGAAGAAAAACCCAGAGGUCCCUGUAAAUUUUGCAGAAUUUUCCAGGAAGUGCUCUGAAAGGUGGAAGGCAAUGUCUGGGAAAGAGAAGUCUAAAUCUGAUGAAAUGGCAAAGGCUGAUAAAGUCCGCUAUGACUGGGAAAUGAAGGAUUAUGGACCAGCUAAAGGAUUAAAGAAGGACCCUAAUACCCCCAAGAGGCCACCGUCUGGAUUUUUCCUCUUCUAUUCAGAAUUCCGCCCCAAGAUCAAGUCUACAAAUCCUGGUAUCUCUAUUGGAGAUGUGGCAAAAAAACUGGGUGAGAUGUGGAAUAACUUAAGUGACAGCAAAAAGCAGCCUUACAUCACUAAGGCAGCCAAGCUGAAGGAGAAGUAUGAGAAGGAUGUCGUAGACUAUAAAUCUAAAGGACAGUUUGAUGGCACAAAGGGUCCCACUAAAGUUGCCAGGAAAAAAGGUGGAAGAGAAAGAAGAGGAGGAGGAGGAUGA